UCCAUAGGAAUAAUUAAAGGGUGUGUCCAAAGAGAUCAAUUUCACAAAUGGCUACUGCUAGCUAGCUGUUUUAACAGAUAUUUUCUGAGUAUUGUAGCUAACAAAAAGCUAGCGCUUUAGUGCAAGGCUAACUCAUAUGUUGAAUAGAAAGUUUGUGCGGACAGAUGAUGCUAUGAAAGAUUCUGAAGAGACUGCAACAGCCUUCAAUACAGACAGACACACACACAGUCAGCAUUACCGUAUCCCUCGUGCGGCUACGCCUCGAGGCAUAACAACCUUAAAGGGCGACUUGGAUUCGAAGCUAAAAACUAGACAAAGUGACAACAAAUAAUGGCACAGUCACUCCAUCAUGGAUAUGAAACACUUCAACAUCCGUCUAUGCCUAGCGCCUACACUGUACUGUACGGCCGAGGAUAAAGCUGCUCAAGAUAUAAGUGCCAAUGGAGAGUUUGUUGACUGGUCUCCUCUUGUUUCUCUCCACUCACUGUCUCUUGGUGGAUGCUCAAGGAGAGCCUAUUGUGACUAGCCUCACAUACAACGCCCCCACACUCACCCUAACCUGUUUGUCCAGUGGGGGGCCGGCCACUACUGUCGUGUGGCGUAGGAACUGCUCCCCCCUCACAAUAGGCACACCCUCACAGAACCUCACAGACAGUAUUGCGGGGGCGUACACCUCCACCCUCACACUCCCCACACCAGCUGAUGAUGGUGUCUACAGCUGUACAGUGGAGAAUAGGCGAGGGAGAUCCAGUAGCACAGUCACUGUCGGAGAUGAUGUUGCCUUUGAUGUCACCAUCACUCCUAGUGAAGCCACACCCAUUGCUGGUCGACCUUUGACCCUCACCUGCAGCCACAACAGUAGUGAUGAUCUCACCUCCGUCAGCUUCCAAUGGUUGGACACACAGGGGACAUCUGUCAGUAAUAACUCCACUUUGACCUUUGACACUCUGAGAGAAAGUCAGCGAGAGUACUAUUGUGUGGUUACCGUGGGAACUGAAGUCGGCUGUGUCGAGUAUUAUAGCAAUGUACAAGUUCCUGUGUUUGGUGUUAAUAUCAGUGAUGUUUCUGGAACUGUUGGUAUGGCAACAACGCUCAGCUGUACCCUCUCUGACUCCCCUGUUACCAUGGCAAUGUAUCGUUUCUUCAAAGGGGGUGUUUCCAUUGGUACUAGCUCCACCCACAUGUAUACCAUCCCCAUGGCUCAGUUGUCUGAUGCUGGGAAUGACUACACAUGUGAGGUGGUCAUAUCUCUUGAUUACCUUGACCUCUCCAGUCCCCUCACUCUGAGCAGCAACCAACAGGCCACCAUAUCACUAACCAUACCGGACCCCAGUAUGUUCAUCAGUGUGACCCCCUCCACCAUGGACACCACCCCCUUCACUCCCUACACUAGCGUGGAUGCCAUUAUUAACUGUGCUACCACAACCGUUCUCAUACCUGGUGUGGAUGCUAUCAUUGUAUUACUAAGAGUGGAGAACGGUGUAGAAUCAGAGGUGGUCAGCACAGCAAGGAUAACAGCAGGUCCAGUUGUGAAUACAUUGAAUGUCUUUUUCCUACGAUCGUACUCCCACUCUCCUGCUAGUAGGAUGGCAGACUCUGGUAGCUAUGUGUGUGAGGGAACCAUCAUUCCUGAAGAUGCUGGACUGAGGCCCUUUAUCACUGAUGGUACUAGCAGGUCCACCCUAACAGCCAUUGAUGUUCUUGAUCCGAUACUGGACAUUGCUGUCACCAUGGUAACUGGUCGUAUACUAGACAUACCUCCGUACAACACCUAUGCUAUCACUUGUACGGCUUCAUCAAGAGUUCAAAGUACACCCACGGCCAUCACCAAGACGAUAGAGUGGAGUGUAUCCUUUAACAGUGGAGCAGUUACCAUGGUAACAGAGGGGGUGGUGACUAAUCACCUCGCCAUGGCUACUAGUUCCAGCGUCUUGAGUAUAAUGACAAGUGUAUCUGGAGAGUAUGAAUACAGGUGUGGUAGCCAACUAGAGCUGGUGGGUGUGGCUGACAGUGUGGAGGGGGCGGUCACAUCAAGUGUCACUGUGUAUGGCCCCUCCUCUCCCACCAUGCCCACGUCACUGACUGUAUCCAUGGUGAACCAUGAGUCGGCCAGCUUCGAGUGGGUGGUGAUGACUGUUGCCUAUGACAACGAGAGUUACAUAGUGACAUAUGGCCUCGACUCUAAUGACCUCACCAACAGCAGUGCCACUCAACCUGGCUCCAGUGACAUCAGCCUCACCAAUAGUGUGUACAGUAUAUCUGUGGGAGGUCUACAAAUGAAGACAAGGUAUUAUUAUCGUGUGGUGUCCACCAACUCAGCAGGCAGUACCCAAUCAGAGCUGGCCACCUUCAACACCACUGGUGUUGGUCCGAGUGCUCCCCUCUCCCUGAGCUACAUUAUGACCACACCCACUAACCACACCUUCUCAUGGCUUCCUCCUAACAAUACUGACAUUGCUGUAACCCAGUACACACUCACCUGCCAGGGAACACUCAGGAUUGGGGACCCUCUGGAUUCUAUCGCCAUAGUAACCGUCAUGACCUGUGUGAACGCUGACCUCGUCCCUUGGGCCAACUACACAUGCUUCGUGGUUGCCAAUAACAACAAUGGCUCCUCCCCUAGUAGCAACGAGAUCAGUUUCAUUACUCCUGAAACAGCUCCUAGUGGACCCCCUGGUAACUUUUUUGCUGGCUUAAAUCCUACCGGAGGGAUAGUACCAUUCACCUGGACUUCACCACCUUCUAACCAAAGGAAUGGAUUCAUCAUUGCAUACUCUCUGGAGUGUAGUGCAGGACCAACAGAUACCGUUGUCACAGUGUUCCCGCCAUCUCCUAACAACCAGUACACGGCCAUCAACUACUCUGCCCUCACUACCUACACUUGUAGUGUACGAGCUAGGAACAGUAAGGGGGAGGGGCCACCAGCCACACUGGACGUUACCACAGCAGAGGAUGUUCCUGGAGCUCCUCCGAUGUCGUUCACUGCCACCGCUCGUACUAACGGGACAGUGCUCUUUAAUUGGAGUCCACCCCCCUCUGCACAACAAAAUGGCGUCCUCACUGACUACACUUUGACCUGUGCCCCGCCACUUUCCUUCAACUAUGGUCCUAAUGAGGUGGGCGGGACUGGUGAGGGGUUUUCCCCUGCCACACGCUACACAUGUACACUCACUGCCAGCACAGCAAUUGGAGCUGGUCCAUCAGCCAGCGUAACCAUAGUAACAUUUCCGUCAGUACCAGCUGUGAGUGUCAUCUCUCUAUCAAGUACUCAGCUGGGGGUCAACUGGACCACACCCGUUAAUGCAAUCAUCACAGAGCAUGUUAUAUAUCUGGAUGGGGCGGAGUUUGGCCGCUCCCAGGGGUCAGAGUUCAUUAUCAGUGGUCUACGUCCAUACACAGAGUACAAUGUGGGGGUCAGUGCUAGUAACGAGGCAGGAGAGGGAUCAGUCAGCGAGGGACAGAUUAUCAGGACACUAGAGGAUUUGCCUGGGCGUGUGGAGUGUGCCCCUCGCUGGGUGUCUAGCUCCUUCACUUCUGUCACUGUACGUUGGGCCCCGCCUACUCAAGAGAACGGCAUCACCCUCGCUUACCACAUCCGAUUGGUUCGUUAUGGAAGCUCUGACUCCACCCCCCUGGCCGAGGCUAACGUGACUAGCUCUGAUAGGGAGGUGACACUGACCCCCAGUGAUGACUUGGUGGGGGGUAUCCCCUACACUGUCCAGGUGGUGGCUGAGAAUAGCAUCGGACGUAGCACUGAGAUAUGCCAAUCCAUUGACUUCAUUGCUCAGCUUGAGCCCCCGCCCCCUUCUGGCCUGGGGGUCUCACGUACUCCUGAUACUAUAACACUGUCCUGGGACGUGCCUACUCUACUGGAGGCUAGAGGCUACGUUAGCUACACAGUGACCUUUGGACCCAGUGUGGGAGCACGCAAGAGACGACAGACAUCUGAUGAAUGUAGCGUGUCACCUUGUAAUGUCCCCGUGGAGAGAGGGGGUGUGGUCAUCAGCGGCUUGGACCCUGGAACGAACUAUGACCUCACAGUUACACCGUCCAAUGAGGAAAACAUUACUGGAAUGGCUGCCACGGCAACAGCUCCAACCUCUACUGAUGAGAGUUUUCUCUACACUGGUGCUGUGGUGGGAGGAGUGGUGGCCCUGGUAGCAAUGGUGGUGAUUGCAGUGACUGUAGUGAUGGUGACCUACCUAGUGCUCCGGUACAAGAGAGGAAGGAUAAUGACUCUUCUUCGAGAUAUCUCCCUUACUGACCAGGGUCAAAGUGCAGCCGCUACCUACGAGACCGUCUCUGCCACUUAUGAGGAGAUCCCAGCCUCCAGAGAGGUCAAAGGUGAUUACAGCUUCACACAGAACAGUGCCUACUCGACUGUGGUGAGUGGGCGUGAUGCUCCUGCUGCUGAAGGAAUAUACGAUAACUGAACUAUCACAUGACUCGUCAAAGUUAAUUGUUUAUAGCUAGCUCAUGAAUAGCAUUCAAAUAUACAUGUAUCACUCAUCAGCCCCUUUCCUUUUAAUUAAUAAAAAAUGGUUUUAAUCUGA